AUGGCGGCUCCGCGGCUCCGCUGGCUGCUGGUGGCGCUGCUGGCCGUGGCGGCCGCCCCGUCGCCGCCGCCGCCCCCGCCGCCGCCGUGCCCGCCGAGGUGUGAUCCGGAGCGCUGCCCCGGGCGCUCGACGCUGGCGUGCCAGGCGGGCGGCGGGGAGCUGCGGCCCGACCGCUGCGGCUGCUGCUGGGAGUGCGCGGCGGGCGAAGGGCAGCCGUGCGCCCCGGGCGGGCGCUGCGCAGGCGGCCUGGUGUGCCGGAGGCCGCCGGGCGGAGGCGGCGCGCGAGGCACGUGCUCGUGCGCCGAGUCCCCGCUGGCCGUGUGCGGCAGCGACGGGCGCACCUACCGGAGCUUGUGCCACCUGCGCGCCGAGAACCAGCAAGGCAGCCGUCGGAGGGAGCUGCCGGUCAUCGCCGUCCAGAAGGGCGGCUGCGGAGAAAAAGGUCUUGUGGACCCCAACAGUCUGCGGUACAAGUUCAACUUUAUUGCUGACGUGGUGGAGAAGAUUGCUCCUGCUGUCGUGCACUUGGAACUCUUCCGCAGGUCACCUUACACAAAUAAAGAAGUCCUGGUGUCCAGCGGGUCGGGCUUCAUUGUGUCUGAGGAUGGCCUGAUCCUCACCAAUGCCCAUGUUCUCACCAACAAGCAUAGGAUCAAAGUGGAGCUCAAGAAUGGCCACCAGUUUGAUGCCAAAGUCAAAGAUGUUGACCACAAACUGGACAUCGCCCUGAUCAAAAUAGACCCCCAGACGGCCCUCCCAGUCCUCCUGCUGGGCAAGUCUUCUGACCUGCGUCCUGGGGAGUUUGUGGUGGCUCUGGGCAGCCCUUUCUCCCUGCAAAACACAGUGACAACGGGAAUUGUAAGCAGCACGCAGAGAGAUGGGAAGGAGCUUGGCCUUAAGGACUCCGACAUGGAAUACAUCCAGACUGACGCCAUCAUAAAUUAUGGGAAUUCUGGAGGGCCAUUGGUAAACCUGGAUGGUGAAGUCAUUGGAAUGAACACCCUGAAGGUCACAGCUGGCAUCUCCUUUGCCAUCCCCUCUGAUCGAAUCCGCCAGUUCCUGGAAGAUUAUCACAAUCGCUACAUGAAAGGGAAGAUCAGGCCCAAGAAAAAAUACCUGGGACUCCGAAUGCUCCCUCUCACUUUCAAUCUCAUCCGUGAACUGAGACGGCGGGACAGGGAUUUCCCAGACCUGAGCUCAGGUAUCUAUGUCUACGAAGUGAUUCAAGGAACAGCAGCUGCAAGUGCCGGCUUGCAAGACGGUGAUGUCAUUAUAGCAAUGAAUGGGAAAACAGUCACUUCAACCAGAGAUGUAACAGACACUGUUCAAAACAGUGACACCCUCUCCAUUGUUGUACGGCGAGGAAACGAAGAUCUCAUUGUGACAGUUACACCUGAUGAAAUUAAUUAAAA